AUGGCUCGUGAAAUGGCCAAGGAAUUCGAACAAUACGGUGGAAUAAUUACCGAAGCAGAUUUCUCCGAGUAUCGAUCGAUAGUGGUUCCACACUCGGGCGUUAUUUAUACGAACCUCAAGAAUGGCCGAGUGGUCUGCGGUCCUCCUCCACCUUCUGGAUCAGCUGUAGCACAAGCCAUUUUAAACGUCAUGGACGGGUGGGAAAGGGUGGGAUUGGGAAGGAGUAGUGUCUGCAGGUUACUUCUGACGGACUUUCUGUUUAGGUACGAGUAUGACAUGAAGUCAUUCAAAGAUGUUGCUCGUCUUCACCAUCACUUCAUUGAGUCUUCGAAAUUCGCAAUGAUCCAUGAAAGGUAUGCGGCUCGAACAUGGCUCGGCGACCCUGCUUUUGUGGACAAUGCGACCGCAAUAGCCCACAACAUCACGUCGAAAAAGUGGGCUGAGUGGGUCAAGAUAACUGAAGAAACCCAUCCCGACGAGUACUACGGAGGUUCGCUCGAGGCUCCCGCAAUUGAUCAUGGAACGACUCAUAUUUCCGUCAUUGAUAGCCAAGGAAAUGCUGUCUCUGUCACUUCCACUAUCAAUUUGUACCUCGGAGCGGCGGUCGCGUCUCCGUCGACUGGUAUUCUCUGGAACGAUGAGAUGGAUGACUUCUCAACUCCAGACCAUCCGAAUGCUUUCGGUAUUCCACCAUCACCUGCGAAUUUCAUUCGACCCGGGAAGCGACCAAUGAGUAGCCAAAGUCCCCUGAUCAUCUUCGAUACAACUCCCGGGAAAAAGGCUAAGCGUCUCCUAGCUGUGGGAGGAGCAGGCGGAUCGACGAUAAUCAGUGGGGUGGCUGGUGUGGCAUUCCAUAAUCUUUGGCUAAAAGCCAAUGUAAAGCAAGCUAUCGAUGGUCCUCGCCUUCACAAUCAGCUCUACCCGAAUUCCACCUCCUAUGAACCGAACUUUCCCCAGGCGUACCUAACGGACUUGGAGUCACGUGGUCAUAAGCUGAAGAAGGUCCAGAAUCUCACCGUGGUCACGGCGGCCGAGCGAGCUUCCGAUGGCCAACUGUACGCGAACAGCGACUUCCGCAAAGGGGAGGAAAGCUCCCCAGCCGGGUAUUGA